GCAGCAACACUAGCACAGAUCACCACGCGUCACCACAUCACCACUCACAUCACCACCAUCAACAAUUCAAUAUUUUCCCCGCCAUUUUCUCCCGGCAACUCAACUUCGCAGCUGCGGCCGCAUCUGCAAAUCCCUGCACAUCUGCGCUUCAGUCUCCAACAUCCGUUGCCACCGGAAACGCAAAGCUGAUGGAAGAAUUGCGUCCGAAUCUUGUUGGAGGUUUACUUGGGGUAGCGGGUCUUGUUGAUGAUUCGCACCAUCAUCAUCACCACCAUAAUCACCACAGUGUUACGGUAGACAGACUCAGUGUGGUCGACAAGAGAGGGACAGGUGGAAAGUGCGGGGGAAGUACCACAAGCGGUUCUUCGGCUGAGGACUUUACGGCUUUGUACGCGCUGCCUCCCGGCAGUGCCGGCGCUAAUGGCGGUCACCAGCAUGGCGCCGCGACGCCUGAUAACUCGCAACAGCAGCACACUGCGACAAGUGGCGGUGGCGGGAGUCAUCAGCACACUCCAACACACACACCGCCCGCUGGGGUCACCAGAAGCCUGUCGGAUCAUACAGGUGCAGAGGGAGCGUUCAAGAAGUUGAAGCCUGAACCGCAGUCACUGCUAGGGAGCGGGGGGCCUUCACCCCCUAGCGCUCCCCAGCAUGCGGGCCACACACCCACAACAGCGUCAUGCCCCACUCCGGCGCGUAGGCGACAUCGGACAACUUUCACUCAGGAACAGCUGGCGGAGCUAGAGGCAGCGUUCACAAAGUCGCAUUAUCCAGACAUAUACUGCAGGGAGGAGCUUGCUAGGACAACCAAGCUAAACGAGGCACGCAUACAGGUCUGGUUCCAGAACAGACGCGCAAAGUACAGGAAGCAAGAAAAGCAAGUCCAGAAGGCGAUGGCGCAGACAGUCAUACCAACCUGCAACGGCAUUAUGAGGAACAUGUACCCAACUGCGAGCAGGGGGUACCAACCUUACGGCCAUCCCAACACUAUAAACACUAUGAACAGAUACCCUCAGAUGACUACAAGUUCGUAUUCGAGCGUGCAUCAGCCUUUCUCUAUGCCCCACAGUGCUACCAACAUGGCGCCAGUGUCGGGGCUGAGACAAGAUGCUAUGGGCAUGAGUCCAGAGGACGAGUGGUACAGCAAAAGUUUAACAGCUCUCCGGAUGAACACAAGUCACCAUUCAAACUUGGCUGCGCCCAUGAUUCAAUAUCAGACAUAGGCCUAACAGGAGACUGGUAAAAUAAGUACUUAAUUUUAUUUAACUCCUUCAAACAUUCGACUUUAUAUUCAUUUUCUUGCAAAUUAUUUCAGGCUUGACACAGAUAACAUAUGCAAAAAUGAGCGGUUGUUAAAGAAACAAUUUCAUCAAUAAUUGUAUUGUUCCAGUAUGUACAGAUACUGUUUUUAUAGAAUCUUUGGCUACAGUGCUUCCGGCCUGGAUAUGGACCUAAGUUAAUUACGAUAUGAGCUUUAAGCAACCAACUACGGUUAUACGUAUAGUUCUUAACACUGUUAUAUGUAUUAAUCCAACAACAACUUUUUUUUUUUAAUUUCUUUGAUAUCCUUCAAGACGACACAUGGGGGAAUGGGUUAUAACGUUGUGUACCCUUAAACUCGGAAUUGCACUUGACGCCAGUGGGAAGAGACCCCAGUGCCCGGU